GGAACACGAGAAAAGUAUUACCUGUAUAAACGAACUAAACAUCUCCGCUUAUCGUGACGUCUCUCAACGAGCAAUUUUACUUCAACUUAAUAUCAACCUAACGCCCUUAUAAUGCCUUCGAGAUUCCAGCCGAGCCCACUCUCAGAGGCGGCUUAUCAUUCAUACUUUGACAGCUCAAAUUCUGAGUUCGAGUCUGACAUCGCGGACGAAUGCCAAGACAUCCCAUCACGACCCACGAGUCGCCUUGGCUUCUUCGGCAACUCUAGUGAAGAGUUUGCAGUCCUUGAAUCUGAGGAUGCACCUGCGCUAGAGACCGAUAUUGCGCGUCAGCAGUUCGACAGCCUGAAGUGGACGUACGCUGCACUCAAGAAAAUGAACGUAUCAUCCACUCCCGGGCCCAUUCCUCGGUCGAAAUCUUCAUCAUCCCUCGAUGAUCUAGUCGCCGAUGAUUCCGGCCUUUCGUCGUCAGAAGAUAGCGACUCUGAUUCUGAAUCAGACUCAGACACUGAGCUGGAUCGUCUUCUCGAGUGCAACGAGCCCCCCGAGCUAGCCUUUCCCACUCCACUGCUGCUACCCCCCACCACCUCCCGUAGAAAAUUCUCAUGUCUCCCCUCGCCAUUAUCGCCCUUUCCCGCGCGCUGCCCUACUCCCUUACCUAACCGACAUGACUAUGAGCAACAUGGCUACUCCCGACAUGGCCUUCACCAUCUCAAAUGGUUCUGGGCAUUGCGCGAAGAAGAGUGGAUCGAUGCAGCCUAUGACGGAGUGUCACAGAUUCAUGAGUCUGUUCCUCAAGCGGUCCCACUGCCACCUAUGUCCAUUCACCCUCGUCGAGGUGAUAUAUCUACUCUGCGUGACCCUUUCUGCGUGCAUAUGGACCGAUACUUUGUAGCAAUGCCUAUGUGGACAAUGUCAAAGGCACUCUGGAUGUUUGAUAUGCAUAUGGCUGGCGAGGUUAAGGCUCGUUCUAUGCGAGCCGCCGAAGAAGAGGAGGAGCCGGAAGAACUAGGGGACGACUUGACUAUGUCGAUCAGCGGGAGCAGCAGUGGUGACGAUUCAGAAGUCACCCUCGUGGAAAGCGAUGGCGAGGAUGGCGAGUACGUUGAGGUGGAUCUAAAUGAAGGACCCUCCACGAAGGUUACCCCAGUGAAGACCAAGAAAGCCGGCCGUCGUCGCAAGACAUAUAUAACCCCAACCGCUGUACCAACAUCAUUUGCGCAUAGACUUCCUUGGGAGACGAGCUGGUACAAACGGACAGAGCUACUUCUUGAGCUCACCAGGCUGGAUCGGGAGCGUCGAUGAAAUACUCAUCGUUAAUAUUAUUUGAUUCACGCAUGGUUACGACCUGUACGUUCAACUUUAAUUUGCAUUGGCACCAGUUCACAGCAUAUAAGCAUUUUCAUUCGCAUUCUAUCCAUAAUUCCAGUACGGACCACCCAUGUGUCUCUUUGCAUUCACUUCAUCAGCACUUUUUACCCAGCUUCGAUUUGUUAUACCACUCUGUUUGUCUAUCUAUGUAUGAUAUGGUGCCUCAUUAAUUGGCAGCCAUUGGUGAAAAUUCCAGCCGAAUACUUCAUAUGGAG